AUGUCCUUCAAAAUAGAGUUCAACGACAUUGAUGGAAACCACGUUGGUAUCAAUAUCAAUGACUUGAAAUCAGUUCAAUCUGCAUCUGCUUCUUACUUCAGUGAUCAAGAGAAUCAGCAUGUGAACCUAAGCCUAAACAGUGGACAACCCUUGCAACUCUGGGUGGAAUAUUCUGGUGCAGAGAAGCAACUUAAUGUCACUUUAGCUCCUAUUAAUGUUCCUAAACCAACCAUCCCACUCUUGUCCUUGAAAAUUGAUCUUUCUCUGUUCAUUGUGGAUCCCAUGUUCGUGGGGUUCUCCUCAGCUACAUACACCUUGCCAGUAUCCCAUUAUGUUUUAGGAUGGAGUUUUAAAAUGAAUGGGGAAGCAAGAGAACUCACCCUCUCCCAACUUCCUAACCUUCCUCAUCAUAAAACACCUAAAACGAGACCUGGCAAGCUUUUUAUUGUUGCGUUUUCUGUGAUAGUUGCUUCUUUAGGCUUGAUCUCGAUCUUCUUCAUAAUCCAAUUUAUAGUGAAAAGAAAGAACAAGUUCGCCGAAGUGUUUGAAGAUUGGGAACUCGAUUAUGGACCUCGCAGGUUCAAAUAUAAAGAUCUUUACAUCACCACCAAGGGGUUCAAGGAAAAGGAGCUUCUUGGAGCUGGUGGAUUUGGUAGGGUCUACAGAGGCGUAUUUCCCACAACCAAGACAGAAGUUGCAGUGAAGCGAGUCUCCCACAAUUCUAGACAAGGGGAGAGAGAAUUCAUUGCUGAGAUCAUCACCAAUGGUAAAUUGAGGCAUUGGAGCAUAGUACCACUCUUGGGUUAUUGCCGACGUAAAGAAGAGCUCCUUUUAGUCUAUGAUUUCAUGCCCAAUAGGAGUCUAGACAAAGCCCUCUUCGAUCAAACGAAACCAAAGAUGAUGUUGAGUUGGUGUCAAAGAUUUCGAAUCAUUAGAAGCGUGGCAGCUGCUUUAUUAUAUUUGCACGAAGGAUGGGAAUGA